AUACUUGUGAAUUAAAAUAGGGGUUUAAUCAAUUUUUGUCUGCCUUAGUACAGUUUUCAAAUAGGUUAUGUGUGUUUUAGACUCAAAAUUUAAGUUUUUGUUCGGCCUACUCUGUUACUGUGUAAGCCUAUUUUAAUAUGUUUAUUGUUUAAUUGCAACACACGUCGUUGGUAUACCCUAUGGUGUUAUUAAUUCCAUCCGAUGUUUGUGGUGUCUUUGCUGCAUAUAAUGUGCAAUACAAUACCUAAGGACAGAGCUUUGUAACUUAUUUAGGGUAGGCUAGUAAGUUACAAUUUCGUUUGCUAACCAUGGAAGUUCAAAAUGACCACGGCCUUUUAGUCGUAAGUCUGGAAAACUGCAUUACUUCAGACCCUUGCGAGCUGGGUAAGACCAAUAGCUGCGUUUACACAAGUGGAGCCUGCGGACCGGAGACGUCUGUUGUGCAGCUUACAGCUCCUGUACAAUGUAUCGGAGACAUCCGUCAAACACUGUCGUCGCGAAUGCAACAUCAACACCUGACUCAGCUGCAGCCGAUACAGUACUCUCAAACGAUAAGUUACGAGCCAAAUCAGCAAAUGGAACACAACAGUUUGGUAACAAACCACACCCUGUAUCAGCCGAUGACAGUUUCCACAACGCCACUUCACACGUACACCACUUCCAACCCGUACAUGAACAACCCUGUCCUGCCGCUGCUCACACCUUCGCCCUCGUUCCCCUCGUCUGCACCAACCAUGGAGGAUAUGGCCACGUCAACCGACCUAUCAGAACCUGCAGUAAUACUCAAGACUCCCUUGGAACUAAGCGAACCCACAUAUCCGGCCGAGGGGUUCGAUUACUUUUUGGAAAUCCAAAAAUUCUUAAUUAGCGGCCAAUGUCCUCCGAAUGUGUCUGAAAACUAUGCUAAAUCCCUGAAGAAACGAGCUCAGAAUUAUCUGAUUAUAAAUGACAAACUGUAUCACAAAAGUAAACAACCAAAGGAAGUGAUUAUGAGGAAAGACCAACAAGAAGACAUGCUGUCGGACAUUCAUGUGGUAAAAGAAACAGGUGUUCACUUGGGAGUCAAGAAGAUGUUUAACAAGUUGAACAUGAAAUAUUUCUGGCGAGGAAUGUAUACUGAUGUGGUCAACUUUGUGAAAAAGUGCGACAAGUGCUCGGACCAGAUUGACCCGAUGAGGGGACCUCUCCACCCCUGCCCCGGGGGACCCACUCUGGGAAUGGCUGCUCUUGGGGGAGAGUCUGAAGAUUCCGAUGCAGUUGAAGACCCCUCCCCUCUCUCCCCCUCACCUUCCCCCGCCUCUCCUCUGAGAGGUGUGAGGGAAUCGUGUAACAAUGGUGUGGGAAUCUGGAGGAAGGUAGAAGUACAAUUGCACGGGCCGUAUGCUACGACGACUGGCCACAACGAGUACAUCGCUACUCUAUCAGACCCUGACUCUGGCUGGUGCUGUGCUCGCCCUUGUCCAGCCUGUGAACACUCAGAGUUCCUCUCGGACUUCAUCUUCCAUGAGUUUUGCAAUUUCGGGUUCGCUCGAUGUUCGCUUGUUGGGUGCUCACAGGAACUUGUACUAGCUGUGAAUGAAGAUUUUGUGGCAAAGGCCUCACAGUUGGGUGAUAUGUUUACGUCUGCUACCAUAGACAGUGUGGACCAACAACAGUCGUCAUGUAGCUGGGUGGAACCCCUAAUGGAGAGACUAGUGCAGGCCCACCCUUGCAACUGGGACCAGUACCUGGAUCUCUUCCUCUUCCAGUAUCGCAUUGGAGAGUUGAAAGAAUUCUUACCGUUCUCUUAUGAGUCUCCGUUUUCACUCCUGUUCAAACACAAUCCUCUGAGUUUCACAUUGUUGGACCAAGAUAAAGAAAAUGUUGAUGGAAACAACACCUACAAACUACGGAGAAGAAAACCUCACAACAGACUUCUGCAGUGCAGGCAUUGUGACACCUUGUUUACGUCUAAGCUUUCGUUUCGCAUUCACCAACGCAAACACCAGGGAGAAGGCUACCGUCGUCUGCUAAACAAAAAACGACUCAACAAGUCUCGAGAAACAAACAACUUGAAAAGACCAAAUGUCCAACUGCCUGGGACUUGGAAGGAGAGCACAGUGUCAGCAGUGAAAGCUCUUUUAGAGGCAACAAAAGACGAGAGAAGAAGAAGAGGCAAGUAUCACAAGUACUCGGUGGAGCUACAGGAGCAGAUGGUAGAGUACGCAGUGAAGAACGGUAAUACUGCUGCAGCCAAGUACUUCUCAGAGAGACUUGGAACUUUGGUGAACGAGAGUACCAUCCGCAACCUCGUCAAGAUAUACAGUGCCUUCACACCUUCAGCCAUAGAUGAAAUCGGACGUUUCGCUGUCAACUACGGGGUGGAACCGGCAGCAAAGUUCUUUUCUGAACGCUUAAAAAGAGACAUCUCUCAAGGCCAUGUCAGGAAGUUCAAAGCAACAUACUUGAGCAGGCGUCCAGCAUCCGAACAAAAACAGAGUGAAGAGUCUAUGUUUCCUGAAGAUAGAAGAAAUGUGAAUCCGAUUAGAAAUAAUGAAUCAAGAGUGAAAAGAUACACAGUGAAGAUGAAACUAGAAAUCGGUGAAUACGCUGUUAACCAUUCUGUAAAAGACACGGUGGAGCAUUUCACUGAAAAGCUUCAGAUGCCAGUGAAGGAAAGGACGGUGAGGAGAUUUCACGAGAUGUAUCUUGAUAAGUUUCAAAGCCAGAACGAAGAAGCUAGUCAAAAUAUCCAGAGUAUGGAACCGAUGAGUUGUGGCAAUCAGGAGACAGUGCAUGUCAAUGUUUACAGCACGUUUCCUGAGACACAGAACAACCCGGUGACGUUGUAUCAGUUGAAUCAGCCUCAAGCAGGUAACAACAUUUGCUAUCAGACUGCAGCCAAUGCCUCCGUCAUUACUACACAAAGCAAUUAUCACUCACUUCAAAACUUCUCAUCUUCCAUACCUGUUACACUACCAACAGCUCCUCCCCCUUACCCAAUAGCUGUAAUAGGUGGUAGAAUAAACUCUGAAAAACCCUCCAAUGUUCCCGACGAUUCAGAUAAUCAACAGGCUCAGUCGUCCCUUGUCCCGCAACAUUCCUUGGUCCUCACCAACCAAGACAGAGGAGGUCCUUUCCUUCCCCAUUUUCUCGCUUCUCAACCUCUUCAGCCAACGAUUUUGACUCUAAUUUCAGAAAAAGAGCCUCUAAAGGUUUCAAAUAGGAGUGAAAUGCAGCCAAGCUUUACGUCUGAAUGUUACCAGGAAAACCUGCCUGUUGUUACUGAACUUAUGACUCAUCCUGCAAAACAUGAUGUUGACAGGUUCAACUCAAAGUCUUCAGUUCCAGUCCCUGUUGUCACGAAACUUGUAACUCAUAAAAAACAUGAGAUCCUUGAAAGGUUAGACUCAAAGUCUUCAGACUUUAGUGAUUCAGAAAAACCACCAGAUGGAAAAAGGCCAAAUGCUAAAAAACAGACAAAGAAAAAAGACAAAGGAUCCAAAAAGAGAGGAACUUAUACAACUUACAGCCCUGAAGUAAGAGCUGAAAUCGGGAAAUUCGCUGCAGAGCAUGGAAGUUUAAAAGCAUGCCAACAUUUUGCCAAUAUUCUUGGCCAUGACGUUCCGGAAAGCACUGUACGAGGGCUGAGGGAAAAGUAUUUGAUGAAGAAGAAGCAUUGCCAAGUAACAAGUCUCGGAUAUUCCCAGAGAGGUCGUCCGUUGCGGUUAGGGAAGUAUGAUGAACUCGUCCAAGAAUGUAUAAAAGAUCUAGUUAGGUCAGGAGAAAAGGUUUCUUCUUUCUUAGCUAUUGCAACAGCCAAAGAAAUUUUGAACAAGUAUGAGCCGGGACUUUUGGAGGAAAAUGGCGGAUCUCUGAAACUCAACAUAACUUGGGCAAAGUCAUUCCUCAAGAGAAUCGGAGUGCACAACAAUUCUUGAAACUUUGGACUAAUAAACCAUGGCUGAUAGUUAAUUCUAAGCUUUAACAAGGCUUAAGACAUAGUCUUCCAGUUUAGUUGUUUUAAACUUGACUUGGACUUUCUAACUAACAUAGUUUUUAAAUUUUGUAUUUUAUAAAUAUAAAAAGAUAUUAGCUGCAUCAAAGAUAAAAUGCUCUUUU